AUCCUCUCCUUCAACUUGUCCAAAACCUUCCCCUAUCAACCAAAGUUUUCUUUCCACAAAAAUAGAACUUGUGAGAUCAAAGUACAAGGAUGGUUAAGCUAACGUUGAUAGCAAGAUUGGAUGAUGGCCUCCCUUUAGCUCAAUCACCCGUGUACUUAAAUGAAGAGAAUGACGUCUCGUCUUACUACAGGCAGCAAGGGGAACUUAUUCUUAAAGAGAUCUCAAGAGGGGCAAUAUCAAGUCCAAAAAUGUCCAUUUUAAUUGAUCACCAUUGUUUUCAUUAUAUCAUUGGAAAUAGAGUUUGUUGUAUUACACUCUGUGAGUCAUGGUACCCGAGAAAAUUAGCCUUCUUCUAUCUUCAAGAUCUCCUGCAAGAAUUCGAGAAAGUAGAUACGAAAUUGAUGGAGUCGUUUUCGAUGCCAUAUACAUGUAGAAGAUUCGAUUACGCGAUUGAAAACAUCAGAAGGAAGUAUUUGGAUACAAGAACACAGGCUAACCUUGCUAAGUUGAACUCAAACCGCAAACAAGACCUGGAUUUUGUUACAGAAGAAUUCUCCAAAGUUGUUAGUCGAGGGCAAGCAUCGGGGAUGGAACAAACAACAGAAACAAACCUGCAACCAGAAUCAACUCUAUGGAAUUCUAAUCCUCUUGAGGUGAUUGCACUCAAAUGGACACCGAUAACUGUCUUUAUGCUUGCCACUAUGCUCCUCUUAUGGACCGGUGUUUCCCUCUCAGAAUAUCCUAUGCCAAUGUAGCUCACAAAUAUUACCAGGUAGCCAAUACCUCAAUUUAGAGAGAGACGCAGAAAUGAAAGGAGCAAAUACAAUCAAUUGCGGCAACGAAAAGAUGCGCCAAUGUAAUAAUGAUCAUCAUUGGCCUAAAUGUACAUCAGAUGGAUCAAAUAUAUGCAUGUGUUUAUCAAGAGAAUGACCAACCUAAUCUUGACACAAAGAGAAUGCUACAAACUAUCGCCUAAUUGUGGAUAGACCCCCUAUACCAUCGCCCAAUUGUAUAUGGAACCCCUGUAGUCCUAUUGUUGCAA